UGAAAUCAUUCAGAGUUGUAAGAAAGUCCUGGCAUCCUUGCAGAAAGGACACCCUACAUUUAAGCCAACACUUGCCAUUGUACAGGCAAGUGAUGAAGACUUGGUGCAAAAACUAAACCAGAAUUUUGCUGAAGAGAUUGGUCUGCACGUUGUUCAUAUUUGCCUCCCUCAGAGUAGUAGUGAAGAUGAGAUUGUUGGUGAAAUCUUGAGACUCAAUGAAGAUCCUAUGGUUCAUGGCAUUGCCCUUCACCUCUCUGAAAAUGCAUACAACAGCAAAGUAUUAAAUGCAGUAAAACCAGAGAAAGAUGUAGAUGGAGUAUCAGAUGUAAACCUGGGACGGUUGGUGCGUGGAGAUACUUACAACUGUUCAGUUUUUCCUACUGCCAGUGCUGUGAUUGAGCUUCUUGAAAAACUAGUUAAAACUAUAGAUGGAAAGAAGGUGUUACUGGUAGGAGCUUGUGGGCCACUGGAAGCCUCUUUGCAGUGCCUCCUUCAGAGAAAAGGUGCCAUGACUAUGAGCUGCCAGUGGAAAACACAGCAACUUCAGAGCAAGCUUCAUCAGGCAGAUGUGGUGGUUGUAGGCAGUACCAAGCCUAAAGAGAUUCCAGUAAGUUGGAUAAGACCAGGAACAACCAUUGUCAAUUGUUAUCUUGACUUUUUAUCAGGGGAAUAUGGAUAUGGUCAAGAUUUAAAGUACAGUAACCAGGCUGCUAUAGAGGCUGUAGGUCCUCUGACAAUAGCAAUGCGGAUGCAGAACAUGGUUAAAACCAGUGAGAGAUGGAUCCAGUCUCAGCAAUACAGGCAGUGGAACCUCCAUUGCUUAAAACUUCAGCCCCUCUCUCCAGUGCCAAGUGAUAUUGAGAUUUCCCGAGGACAGAGUCCAAAAGCUGUUGACGUACUUGCCAAGGAGAUAGGAUUGCUUGCAGAUGAAAUUGAAAUCUAUGGCCAAACCAAAGCCAAAGUACGUUUGUCCCUGCUGGAAAGGUUAAAGGAUCAACCAGAUGGAAAAUAUGUUCUAGUUGCUGGGAUAACGCCUACACCCCUAGGAGAGGGGAAAAGCACUGUCACAAUUGGUCUAGUUCAAGCUUUAACUGCACAUCUUAAUGUGAAUUCUUUUGCAUGUCUGAGACAACCUUCCCAGGGACCUACUUUUGGAGUUAAAGGUGGGGCAGCUGGCGGUGGAUAUGCUCAAGUCAUUCCAAUGGAAGAGUUCAACCUUCAUUUGACUGGAGAUAUCCAUGCUAUUACUGCAGCUAAUAAUUUGCUUGCUGCUGCUAUUGAUGCAAGGAUCUUGCAUGAAGGCACUCAGUCUGAUAAGGCUUUAUAUAAUAGGCUGGUUCCAGUAGUUAAUGGUGUGAGAGAAUUUUCUUCUAUUCAGCUUUCCCGCUUGAAAAUGAUGAGGAUAAACAAGAUCAAUCCAGACACUUUAACAGAAGAUGAGAUUAGUAAAUUUGUACGCCUCAAUAUUGACCCAUCUACCAUAACAUGGCAAAGAGUAUUGGAUACUAAUGACCGAUUCCUACGAAAAAUUACAAUUGGACAGGCAAAUACUGAGAAGGGAUUUUUUCGACAGGCUCAGUUUGACAUUGCUGUUGCCAGUGAAAUCAUGGCAAUUUUAGCACUGACCACAAGCCUUUCAGAUAUGAAAGAGAGACUGGGGAAAAUGGUGGUGGCUAAUGACAAAAAUGGACACCCAGUGACAGCAGAAGAUUUGGGAGUAACGGGUGCUUUGGCAGUUUUGAUGAAGGAUGCAAUUAAACCAACCCUAAUGCAGACUUUAGAGGGGACUCCAGUAUUUGUGCACGCUGGACCCUUUGCUAAUAUUGCACAUGGGAACUCUUCAGUUUUGGCAGACAAGAUUGCCCUUAAGCUGGUUGGAGAAAGAGGAUUUGUGGUAACUGAAGCUGGGUUUGGUGCUGACAUCGGGAUGGAGAAAUUCUUCAACAUCAAAUGCAGAGCAUCUGGCUUAGUUCCCAGCGUAGUUGUGCUUGUUGCUACAGUGAGAGCUUUGAAAAUGCACGGAGGAGGGCCAAAUGUAACUGCUGGUGCCCCUCUUAAGAGAGAAUAUACAGAAGAGAAUCUCCAGCUGGUUUCUGAUGGCUGCUGUAAUCUACAGAAACAGAUUCAGAUUGCUCAACUCUUUGGAGUUCCUGUUGUGGUUGCUUUAAAUGUCUUCAAAACUGACUCCCAUGCUGAAGUUGAUUUAGUCUGUGAGAUUGCAAAAGAAGCUGGAGCAUUUGAUGCAGUGCCCUGCAAUCACUGGUCAGCUGGUGGCAGAGGAGCUGUGGAAUUGGCUCAGGCUGUGAGAAGAGCUGCCAGUCAGGAAAACAGCUUCAAAUAUCUGUAUAAUUUGGAGCUUCCUAUUAUUGAAAAAAUAAGGAUUAUUGCUCAGAAGGUUUAUGGCGCUGAUGAUAUAGAAUUGUCUCCUGCAGCGCAAUCUCAAAUCAACCGUUACAGCCAACAGGGUUUUGGAAAUCUGCCAAUUUGUAUGGCAAAAACUCAUCUGUCCCUCUCCCACCAGCCUGAAAGGAAAGGAGUUCCAACUGGCUUCAUUCUGCCUAUUAGUGAUGUGCGGGCCAGCAUCGGAGCUGGGUUCAUCUAUCCAUUAGUAGGAACGAUGAGCACCAUGCCAGGACUUCCUACAAGGCCUUGCUUCUAUGACAUUGACCUUGACCCGGUUACAGAGCAAGUAAAAGGCUUGUUUUGAGAGAUGUGCCAAGUUCAGAAUUCUGAAAAUACAAACUGCUACUUCACUAUUUCCUGCAGUAGGAGAAAAGAGUUAAUAUGAAGCAUUUCUGUUAUGUAUUGCUGGAGGGAUAUAUCAAGAUAGACCAAAGAGCAAAAAUCUACUCUUCCUUCAGCCUGUUUGUAUGAAAAAAAAAUUGUUACAAACUAAUUUAUUCUUGAUUCAGUGCAGAGAAAUCUUCUGCUGCACUUACUAUUGCUUGCUAUUGCUUGCAUUUCUGAAUUUUUUUUUUGUUGAUAAAAUGGUGUGAAC